UCCUCCUCCUCCUCGUCGUCACCCUCCUCCUCCUCCUCCUCCUCCUCGUCACCCUCCUCCUCCUCCUCCUCCUCGUCACCCUCCUCCUCCUCCUCCUCCUCGUCACCCUCCUCCUCCUCCUCCUCCUCGUCACCCUCCUCCUCCUCCUCCUCCUCGUCACCCUCCUCCUCCUCCUCCUCGUCACCCUCCUCCUCCUCCUCCUCGUCACCCUCCUCCUCCUCCUCCUCCUCGUCACCCUCCUCCUCCUCCUCCUCCUCGUCACCCUCCUCCUCCUCCUCCUCCUCGUCACCCUCCUCCUCCUCCUCCUCCUCGUCACCCUCCUCCUCCUCCUCCUCCUCGUCACCCUCCUCCUCGUCACCCUCCUCCUCCUCCUCCUCGUCACCCUCCUCCUCCUCCUCCUCCUCCUCCUCCUCCUCCUCGUCACCCUCCUCCUCCUCCUCCUCCUCCUCCUCCUCCUCCUCCUCCUCCUCCUCCUCCUCCUCGUCACCCUCCUCCUCCUCCUCCUCCUCCUCCUCCUCCUCGUCACCCUCCUCCUCCUCCUCCUCCUCCUCGUCACCCUCCUCCUCCUCCUCCUCCUCCUCGUCACCCUCCUCCUCCUCCUCCUCCUCCUCGUCACCCUCCUCCUCCUCCUCCUCCUCCUCCUCGUCACCCUCCUCCUCCUCCUCCUCCUCCUCCUCCUCGUCACCCUCCUCCUCCUCCUCCUCCUCGUCACCCUCCUCCUCCUCCUCCUCCUCCUCGUCACCCUCCUCCUCCUCCUCCUCCUCCUCGUCACCCUCCUCCUCCUCCUCCUCCUCCUCGUCACCCUCCUCCUCCUCCUCGUCACCCUCCUCCUCCUCCUCCUCGUCACCCUCCUCCUCCUCCUCCUCAUCACCCUCCUCCUCCUCCUCCUCCUCCUCCUCGUCACCCUCCUCCUCCUCCUCCUCCUCGUCACCCUCCUCCUCCUCCUCCUCCUCCUCGUCACCCUCCUCCUCCUCCUCCUCCUCCUCGUCACCCUCCUCCUCCUCCUCCUCCUCCUCGUCACCCUCCUCCUCCUCCUCCUCCUCGUCACCCUCCUCCUCCUCGUCACCCUCCUCCUCCUCCUCCUCCUCGUCACCCUCCUCCUCCUCCUCGUCACCCUCCUCCUCCUCCUCGUCACCCUCCUCCUCCUCCUCCUCGUCACCCUCCUCCUCCUCCUCGUCACCCUCCUCCUCCUCCUCGUCACCCUCCUCCUCCUCCUCGUCACCCUCCUCCUCCUCCUCCUCCUCGUCACCCUCCUCCUCCUCCUCCUCCUCGUCACCCUCCUCCUCCUCCUCCUCGUCACCCUCCUCCUCCUCCUCCUCGUCACCCUCCUCCUCCUCCUCCUCCGCCUCCUUCUCCCCCUCCGCCUCCUCGUCACCCACCUCCUCCUCCGCCUCCUUCUCCCCCUCCGCCUCCUCGUCACCCUCCCCCUCCGCCUCCUCGUCACCCUCCCCCUCCGCCUCCUCGUCACCCUCCCCCUCCUCCUCCCCCUCCGCCUCCGCCUCCUCCUCCCACUCCUCCACGUCCCCCUCCACGUCCGCCUCCCCGCCCGAGCCACAAGAGGUGCAGGCAGAGGAGGUAGCAGCAGGCGCCACAAGAGGUGCAGGCAGAGGAGGUAGCAGCAGGUAUGUUGACUUCCGAGCAGCUGUGCUGGUUCUGUUGUUUGUCCUUGGCAGCCGACUCAUCUUCCAGGUGGGCCUGAAAAGUGUCCACAUGCACUUCACACUGCUGAGGCAUCACAUUGACAUUUUGGAGGGAUGUCUUCAUAAUGUUCACCAUCACAUUAUUGAUCCUUUCCGGUUCCUGACAUUUUUGAGGAGUCAGGGGGAGCCACAAGAGGUGCAGGCAGAGGAGGUAGCAGCAGGAGCCACAAGAGAUGCAGGCAGAGGAGGUAGCAGCAGGUAUGUUGACUUCCGAGCAGCUGUGCUGGUUCUGUUGUUUGUCCUUGACAGCCGACUCAUCUUCCAGGUGGGCCUGAAAAGUGUCCACAUGCACUUCACACUGCUGAGGCAUCACAUUGACAUUUUGGAGGGAUGUCUUCAUAAUGUUCACCAUCACAUUAUUGAUCCUUUCCGGUUCCUGACAUUUUUGAGGAGUCAGGGGGUUUGUGUUUCAUCUCUGUGA